CCCAUUCUACAAAGUCUAGAAGAGUGGAGAAGAUAAGCCGUUAGGGACAGUUGGAAGCAAUGUAUGCCACUGCCACUCUCACCUCUCCAACUCCCCAAUUCCGGAUCCGUACAACCACCCUUCAUCCACAACCACUUUCUCACCCAUUUUCCAUCACUUUCCCGGGAAUCUAUAAGACUUUCUCUCCAAUUAUCUCCUUCUCACCCCACAAUCUCUACCUUUCCAAUGUUCCUCCUCAUGCUCUCAGAGUCUCCGCUAGUUCCCAAGCCUCCCCUGCCUCCACAGAGACCUCAAAACUAGCUUCUAUCCCAUCCCAGAUGAAGGCUUGGGUGUACGGAGAAUAUGGAGCUGUAGAUGUUUUGAAGUUCGAGAGUAAUGUUUCGGUCCCAGAAGUGAAAGAUGACCAGGUCUUGAUUAAAGUUGCUGCCGCUGCUCUUAACCCAGUUGACUUUAAGAGAAGACUGGGAAAGUUCAAGGACACUGAUUCUCCACUUCCGACUGUUCCAGGAUAUGAUGUAGCUGGUGUGGUAGUAAAGGUUGGGAGUCAAGUGAAGGAGUUCAAAGUAGGGGACGAAGUAUAUGGAGACAUACAUGAGAAAGCCUUGGAUGGUCCUAAGCAAUUUGGUUCUCUUGCAGAGUACACCGCAGUUGAAGAGAAACUUUUGGCUUUAAAACCUAAGAACCUUGACUUUGCUCAGGCUGCUGCAUUUCCUCUAGCCAUUGAAACUGCUUAUGAGGGCCUUGAAAGGACCGGAUUUUCAGCUGGCAAAUCUAUUCUUGUUUUGAAUGGUGCUGGUGGAGUUGGAAGCUUGGUCAUUCAGCUAGCAAAGCAGGUAUUUGGUGCUUCGAGAGUUGCAGCCACUGCAAGCACAGGAAAACUGGAGUUAUUGAAAAGUUUGGGUGUUGAUUUGGCCAUAGAUUACACAAAAGAAAACUUUGAAGAUCUUCAGGAGAAGUUUGAUGUUGUUUAUGAUGCUAUUGGGCAAUGCGAUAGAGCAGUAAAAGCCAUUAAAGAAGGGGGAAGCGUGGUGGCCUUAACAGGUGCGGUUACGCCUCCUGGUUUCAGAUUUGUGGUCACUUCAAAUGGUGAAGCUUUAAAGAAACUGAAUCCAUAUUUGGAGAGUGGGAAGGUGAAGCCAGUCAUAGAUUCCAAGGGGCCAUUCCCAUUUUCACAGGUUGUUGAGGCUUUCUCUUACAUUGAAACCAACCGAGCAGUGGGCAAGGUAGUCAUUCAUCCAAUUCCAUGAGAUCAAAUAUAUAUAAAUAAAUAACAAAAAAAACCAUUUUUUCGUGGCAUCUGAAUUAUAUGCUAUGUAUUAUAUGCACAUACACUCGAAAGUUAGUUGUAUAAAUUAUUGAGAAUAAGUGUUCAGAUGUUCUCUCCAUUUAGUAAUAUUAUUUCUUUGAUUAUUA